AUGAGCUCGAGGGCACUGCUGACUUCAUCGCUGCCGCUACACUCCUCCUUGGAGCACCCCUCAAAAUCGUACUUCAAAUAUCUCAGCCCGACAGUUGCCGCACCUCCCAACGAUGCCGUCCGCCUCCGCUAUCAUAUCAGGUGUCUUUGCAUUUGCCAACGCACGCGCGCGCAAGACAGCUCAAAACAUCUUUCUUUGCACAUCGACGCUCUCGGACACGCUCCUUCCGGUCCUGGCCUCCGCGGUCGCUUUGUGUACUUCAAUGGCACCCGCGACAACCUCCCUUCGGCACCCGGAGAAGUUGGCUACUAUGGGGCCGUGGUGAAGAUCGUGAAGGCGACGCCAGACGUCUUGAAUGUCCCGGAUGCAGUUAAGACUGCCGACAAGAAACAGUACAAUAUUGCCGGAGACGUCAUGCAAUGCUACCGCCUUCCCGGCGAUCUUGCCAAUUCGCCUCCCGCAAAAGACCGCGCGCCGCUCAUCAUAGCUUCUGACACUGUUGUCGAGGCCGACUACGAUGCCUAUACCUUUGCUCUCGACAUUCCUCAGCUCACGCAGAUCACGCGAGAUGCCGGACGUAUCACGAUCGUCGUCAAUGUCCCGGACCGCCGAUUCAAGGACGAAGCAGCCCGCAGAAGGGCCAUCCCCGGGCUGCGUACCAUGGUAUCCGUGAUCGGCUUCUUCUCACCCUUUGCUGAAGCCGCAGACGGUACCAUCUCGCACGUGGUCAUCGUCUACGAUAGUGCUGCUUUCCUCGGAAAGACGGCAGUCUUCGACGAUAACUCCACUGCACCGUCGAAUGCUUCAAACAAUGAUACCUCCACGAGUACUGCCGCUUUCGAUUUUUUCGGAACUGCUUCGCAGGCAUCGGCGUCCCAGACAUCUGCCAAGGACAAGCGGAAGGCCGCUGUCGACCACACGAGCAACUCCCCCUUGAGCCCGGCAUCAAACUCUCCCUCGCCUGUCGCAGGUACUAGCCGGUCUGCUGACGAUGCAGAGGUCGAAGACGGUGACAAGCACGAAAACGGCAGUCCCCCGCCGAAGAGGACGAGGACAUCCGGCCGCCGCUGA